GGAAGGCGGAAAAGCCGAGUCGUUGGUUGGGCGCGCCGCUGGCUUCACGGCGCGGGCUCUUCCGUGGCCGCCAUGGCGUCGGAGCGGCCGCGGGAGUCCGUAGGCGAGGAUAGCAUCAAGUUGUCAGCUGAUGUCAAACCAUUUGUUCCUAAGUUUGCUGGGCUCAAUAUGGCUUGGUCAGAGGCCUCAGAAGCAUGUGUCUUCCCAGGCUGUGCAACCACUUACUACCCAUUUGUGCAGGAAUCACCGGUGACUGAACAAAAGUAUCCUGAAGACAUGACCUUUGGAGCCCCUGCCUUUCCAGCACAGUAUGUACCUUCUGAGAUAGCGCUGCAUCCGUUUGCCUAUUCCACUUAUGCCCUUGAGUCUGCACAGAGUGUUUGCUCAGUGCCAACCCUGCAGUAUGAUUACAGCCAAGCCCAGUGCCACCCAGGCUUUCGGACAGCAAAGCCCAGGAGUGAGCACAUGUGCCCUCCUCCUCAGGAAGCGAAAGGUGUAUUUAAGAAAAAAUCCUCUGAUGAGAGAAGAACAUGUGAAGAGCAGAAGUCAAACAAUAGAAGGGCUGAUGGUGCAUUGCCGUCUGAGAUGAGAGCAGGGAGAGGUUCAUACCACCUGUCUGCUCGUGCUGAGAGUAGUUUGAAGUCAGAUGGUUAUCACAAACGAACAGACCGGAAGUCCAGAAUCCUUGCAAAAAACACAUCUACCUCCAAACCUGAAUUUGAAUUUAGCAGAUUGGACUUUCCUGAACUGCAGAGUCCAAAGAACAGUAAUAUGCCAGAGACACCAAAGCAGCCCAGGUGGGGGCCUCUUGGCGCUGCUGCUAGUAACAUGUCUCUCCUGGGAGAAGUAAGCAAGCCAGUUGCACAGAUGGUAGAGGGCGAAAUGGUGAAGACAAGUCACACUGACAGAGCUGUGACUGAUAAUGCUGCUACCAGUUCUUCGUGUACACGAGAGUUGUCUUGGACACCAAUGGGUUAUAUUGUUCGGCAGACAGUGUCCUCAGAUUCAGCAGCCGCGACUGAAAAUGUCACUUCCGUGAUAAACCUAAAGAAGCCUGCUUCAUCAGCUGAUGCUAAAAAUGUCAGUGUGACGCCUGAGGCUCUAUCUUCAGACCCUUCCCACAACAGGGAGAAGUGUGUUCACCCUGCUACAAAGGCCAAAACAUCACUUGGAGGUGAACUUGAACAAAAUGAAAGCUCAAGAAAGAAUAAGAAAAAGAAAGACAAGUCUAAAUCAAGUUAUGAAAUCGUGACAGUUCAGGAGCCACCACGGAUUGAAGAUGCCGAGGAAUUCCCCAACCUGUCAGUUGCAUCUGAAAGAAGACACAGAGUAGAAUCACCGAAACUUCAAAGUAAACAGCAGGUGCAGAAUGAAUUUAAAACUAGUGGAAAGAAGAGCCAGAUCCCAGUGCAGCUGGACCUGGGGGGCAUGCUGGCAGCGCUGGAGAAGCAGCAGCAAGCCCCGCGUGCCAAGCCGUCCUCCAGACCCGUUGUGUUCUCAGUUGGAGCAGUGCCAGUCCUUUCAAAGGACGCCUCCUCGGGUGAGAGGGGUCGCCGCUCCAGUCAGGUGAAGACCCCACACAAUCCCUUGGACUCCAGUGCCCCACUGAUGAAGAAGGGGAAGCAGAGGGAAAUCCCGAAGGCCAAGAAGCCCACCUCACUGAAGAAGAUAAUUUUGAAAGAACGUCAAGAGAGAAUGCAGCAGCGACUCCAAGAAAGUGCUGUGAGCCUGACUGUCGCCAACAGCGAUGCACAGGAUGUGGAUAGUGGUGCCAGUGACCAAGCCCCCAACCAGGCCAACCCCACAGGUCCAGAGAAGACAGAAGAAUCAGUGUCUUCUAUACCUGUGGUUGAGGGUGAGUCAGAAGAGCCAACUGGCACAGAGUUCCAGAGGGACCCAGAGGCCUGCCAGCCUGCCCCUGACAGUGGCAGCUUCCCCAAGAUCCACAGCCGAAGGUUCCGGGACUACUGUAGCCAGAUGCUUAGUAAAGAAGUAGAUGCUUGUGUCACUGGUCUGCUUAAGGAACUGGUGCGUUUCCAAGACCGGAUGUACCAGAAGGAUCCUGUCAAGGCCAAGACCAAACGCCGGCUCGUGUUGGGCCUGAGGGAAGUCCUGAAACACCUGAAGCUCAGGAAGCUGAAGUGCAUCAUCAUCUCUCCCAACUGUGAGAAGACACAAUCCAAAGGCGGGCUGGAUGACACACUGCACACCAUCAUCGAUUGCGCCUGUGAGCAGAACAUCCCCUUUGUGUUUGCACUCAACCGCAAGGCUCUGGGGCGUAGUCUGAACAAGGCCGUUCCUGUCAGCAUUGUGGGGAUCUUCAGCUACGAUGGGGCACAGGACCAGUUCCACAAGAUGGUUGAGCUGACCAUGGCAGCCCGUCAGGCCUACAAGACCAUGUUGGAGACAAUGCGGCAGGAGCUGUCAGGAGAGCCUGGGCCACAGACCCCUCCCAACCCAUCCUUGCAGGGCCCCAUCCAAUCCACUGAAGCAGGCAACCUAGCUUCCACUGGAGAAGAGCCACACUAUAUUGAGAUUUGGAGGAAGCACCUGGAAGCGUACAGUCAGCAGACCCUGGAGCUGGAAGACUCACUAGAGGUGUCAACUUCUCAGAUGAUGAACUUGAAUUUAUAACAAGAGUUCUUGCCUGUGUGUCUGUAUUGGGUAAGAUGGGGAGGCAGGAAAAAGACUUCCUUCUCACUUCUUUACUGACCUGAUGUAGUUUAUGUGACUGUUGAGUUGGAAAUGCACUGCCUAAGGGCAAAGGAAGCAGCUGGUGUAACCCUGAGUCCAUCAGAUGGACACUCAGUACACCUGUGGGGCCUUUUCUAAGCGCCUGGUGAUUCACGGAAUCUGGGAAAUUCUGGAGAGCGCGUCCUGGGUACCGUGGCUGCCUAGGAAACACUAUUACAGUGCUACUCAACCAAGUUUGGGGAUGGUGGAACAGGAGCUGUGCUCCAGGCGUGAAGGGCUCUUCCCCAGGGAUGGAGCCCUGCCACUUUGUGCUGCCAAGGAUUUGCUGAGAUGAGCCUCAGAAGAUGAUUAGUUUCUAACAUGACUUUUUGACAUGAAUUAAUGUGUUUAGCUUUUAUUUUCCGAAGAAGCAGUAUAUAUCAAAUUUGUAGAUUGAGUUUGAUGUCUACAAAUCUUUUUAAUGAGCAUACGAUGAAUGUGGUUUCUGUCUUAUAGGACAGAGCUUACUUGCAUAUUUUUCCUGCAAGUAAGAGGGCUUAUUUAUUUUGAAUAAAGAGUGAUUAUUUAAUUUCA